AUGGCACGGUCUCCAGCCGCGCGCAUUGCUGCGCUGAUGCUUGCACUGGCUCUGCUGGGCUGCGCCCGUGGCCAGGUCGUCAUGUCAGGCGGCAAAUUUCUCAACCUCUUCAAUGGCACUGUCAACCUCACAUUUGAGGACGGUGGCACGCUACCCCCUCUGGGCUUCAUGGAGCGCUCAGGGCCGGUGUCUGGGGUCGUUGCGAGUCUUGACACCAUUCCCGGUGGCGACCCGCUGUUUCUGGGACAGGGAAAUGCUGCAGGCAUCAGUGGUACCACGUGCUACAUCAUCUCUGUGGUUGCUCAGACCAAUGACAUCUUCGUGGUUGCAUGCAUCGCUGGCAACGGCACACCGAAGAGCAACUUCAAGUUCUAUGGGUUUGCCAACCUCUGCAUCACAAAUCUGUUGAAGGUCUGCAAUGGCACCACAACCAGUGCGUCUGCUUUUGGUGCCAUCCGCAGCAUUGGUGCUGCAGCUGCAAAAUGA